AUGUCGCAGUACUCGGGAAAGAUUAUGUUUUACGAGGGGAAGUGCUUCACGGGGCGGAAGCUGGAGGUCUUCGGCGACUGCGAUAACUUCCAGGACCGAGGCUUCAUGAACCGCGUCAACUCCAUCCGCGUGGAGAGCGGAGCCUGGAUCUGCUACGAUCACCCCGACUUCAAGGGCCAGCAGUACAUCCUGGAGCGUGGGGAGUAUCCCGAGUUUCAGCGCUGGAAUGCCCACAAUGACCACAUGGGCUCCUGCAAACCCGUCAGGAUGCAUGGGGAGUUCUACAGAAUGGAGCUGUUUGAGGGCUGCAACUUCUCCGGACAGUGUGUGGAGCUGUGUGACGACUGUCCCUUCCUGCAAAGCCGCGGCUUCAGCAAGAACUGCAUCAAUUCCAUUAAGGUCUACGGUGACGGAGCCUGGGUAAUGUACGAGGAGCCUAAUUUCCGGGGACGCAUGUACAUCGUGGAGAGAGGAAACUACUGCAGUCACACCGAAUGGCAGAGCCAGAACGCCAACAUUCAGUCCAUCCGCCGGGUGGUCAACUACUUCUAA